AUGGCCCAGGCGGAGGAGUCCCACCUCAGGAUUGUGCUGGUUGGAAAAACUGGAGUAGGGAAGAGUGCAGCAGGAAACACUCUUUUAAAGAAGAAGCUCUUUUGGUCUAAGCUGUCCGCGUCCUCGCUGACCAGCGAGUGUCAGAAGGAAACCACAGAGUGCGGAGGCCAGACCCUGGCUGUGGUGGACACUCCGGGCCUGUUCGACACCAGCAGAACCGAGGAGUUCGUGGAGAGAGAGAUCGCCAACUGCAUGUGUCUUGCCUCCCCAGGUCCCCACGUCUUCCUGGUGGUGCUGCAGCCGGGCAGAUUCACCAGAGAGGAACAAGAAACUGUGAAGAUAAUCCAGACCAUGUUUGGAGAACAAGCAGCGCGCUUCACCAUGGCUCUGUUCACACACGGAGAUGACUUAGAGGACGAGGGAACCACAAUUGAAGAGAUCUUCAAAGCAAACCCAUUGCUCAAUCAGUUCAUCAGUCAGUGUCAUGGAGGCUAUCAUGUGUUCAACAACAAGAAAAAGGACGACCAACAAGUUGAAGAGCUGGUGAAGAAGAUCAACACCAUGGUUCAAAGAAACGAAGGAAAGUACUUCAGCAACGAAAUGUUCCAAGAUGUAGAGAAGUCCAUCAUGGAGGAAAAGGAGCGGCUUCUGAAGGAAAACCCAGGUAUGAGCGACAAAGAAGCCAGAAAAAUGGCAGAGAAGGGCAACUCCUUCACCAAGGCCAUGCGGCAAGGCACUGCCAUCGGAGCGGUUGCUGGUUUCCUGGGGGGUCCGCUGGGGUCUGCAGUGGGAGCAGCUUUCGGGGCCGUGUUUGGGGCCAUUUCUGUGGCAACGAAGAAAAAAGACUGCACUAUUCAGUGACGAUGGGCGCCACCUGUCUGUGUGAAUCUGCUGGAUGACCCUGCAAUAACUCCUCACAGAUCUUCACUGAUCUUCUUCCUCAUGAAUGUGUGAGGAGACUUCAGGGGGGCGGGGCCUUUCUCUGUGGGUUUCACCAAUGUUCUACUGAUCAGGCUUUUCUUCGUCAUUAUUUCUUCGUGUCUGUCUCCAUCUAUUAGCUCUAUUCUUUGCUUGCUUUUUCCAAAUAAAGUCUUCCUCAAAGCCCGCGUUUCACUGUGACUUUAUUUCUGCAAACACAGAAAUCAAAAACUGUGCAGAUUGAUGGUCUCCAACGCUCCACUCACAACCUGUGUCAUUUACAGGCUCAGACCUGAGGGUGGUGCUGGUGGGUCAAGAGAAGGUGGGGAAGAGCUCAUCUGGA